GAGAGAGAGAGGAUGGGUGAGUCAGGAGAGAAAGAGAGAGAGUGUGUGUGAAACAGAGACUGGAGAGAUCUCUCUUCCUCUGGCACUCUACAGGCGCUCAUUCAUUUAUUUAAGCCAGACCGACGACAGCAUGCCAAGCGCAGACUCCAGCGGCAGAGCUCGACACAGACUUCCCAACAGAGGACAGGAGUGAGACCUCCUCCAUCGCACCGGACCGGUCGCGCUCUCACCUGCCUGCGCAACAACCAGACUUUGGCGCCCUCCGGGACACCGCCAGCACCCAGAACUCGUGGUCAGAGGAACCAAGCUGUACAGUACAUGGGCCCAAAGCCCCGUGAGGCCCCUGGGAUGGCGUGCAGCGCGUGUUACUACCUGGUUAUCAGCUCCACACACCUGAGCAAUGGACACUUUCGGCGCGUCAAGGGAGUCUUCAGAGGACCACUGUGUCCAACCGCAACCAGUGAUUCACCGGAAUGUGCAGAGAGGGCUUUGGGAUGCUCAGUGGAGGAUCUGAAGUCUCUUUUCUACUGCGAGCUGUGUCACAAGCAGUACCUCAGACACCAGGAGUUUGACAACCACAUCAAUUCUUACGACCAUGCACACAAACAGGUACAUGGGACGCACCUGCACUACAGCUACACACACGUACUAUAAACAGACACACAAGCAGACAUUUUAUAUGAUCUCUUGUCAUAGAAUUUGGGUGUGUUAGUAUUGUGUGUGUUGAUGGAAAGCUACUUUGCAUUUCCAUGUCAAUCUUUCCAUUGGAUACAGUUCCUCAGCAGGUAACAGUGGGAGUGUGACAACCGCAUCAUCUUACAAGAACACACACAGUGUGGAACACCUUAACUCGAGGCAGAUACACACACAAACAGUACAGUAUAUACACACACAUAAAACAUUUACUUUACAGAUUCUGAUCUUAAAUAAGAUGAGCUUUUACUGAUCCGCAGUGAAAUGUAACGAGAUGAGAGAUUUUGUUCAGAUUUGAAUCUUGUUUCAUUUCCACAACAUCUGUUUUACACAUAUGUCUAUAUGCUUGCAUGUGUAUAGUGCCUUUGUGGAGCACUUGGGCACUUAAAACUCGAGUUACAGCAGCUCAAAGGAAGUACAAAAACUGUAUAAAAAUGAGGGUCCAAUAUAUCACAAAUCAAAUAGAAAGGUACAGCUGCUGUCAACCACGUUUUAUUUUCUGACAACCCAAUAUGUAGAAAAGCUGUCAAGUCAUAACCCACUCCUUUGAAUCUUUGAAUGCUAGAUUUGAUGAAGGUCAUAAAAUACAGAGAAUAACCGCUGUUCUAUCAAAUAAAUAAAAUUGGAUAGAUAGA